UUAGCUGAUGUGACCUAAAUGAAAAUGGAAAACAGCUUUUCUUAGUACAUCAUGAAUGCUGAGGGAUAUGAGUACGGUUAAUAAUGGCUUUUUUUUCUCUCUGUUUGCUUUGUCAGAAUCAUGCUAACAGCUGUGUGCAUAUUUUCCCUCUACUCUGUACAUCUGUUGCUUAAGACCGCAAAUGUAGGAGGUUUUAUGGUCUAUGAGAAGUUGGGCUACAAGGCUUUCGGCUUGCCUGGAAAGCUUGCAGCAACGUUCUCCAUCACCCUGCUGAACUUUGGAGCCAUGUCCAGCUACCUCUACAUCGUGAAGUAUGAAUUACCAAUAGUCAUCAAAGCUUUCACCGGGGAUGAAGGGGCUUGGUACACCAACGGAGACUACCUGGUUUUGCUUGUUACUGUCAUCAUUAUUUUACCACUUUCACUGCUUAAAAAUCUGGGAUACCUCGGCUACACAAGCAGCUUCUCGUUGUUGUGCAUGGUCUUCUUCCUAAUUGUGGUAAUCUACAAGAAGUUCUACAUCCCCUGCCCAUUAUCCAGUAACUUCAACACGACAUUAAGCAACACCACGUUCACAGAUCUGAACACCACGGCCACAGUCUAUAAUGAGGACUCUUGCAAACCCAAAUACUUUGUCUACAACUCAAAGACUGUGUAUGCCGUGCCUAUUAUCACCUUUGCCUUUGUGUGCCACCCGGCUAUUCUGCCCUUGUACGAUGAGCUAAUAGAUCGUUCUCGUAAAAAGAUGCAGUAUGUGGCUAAUGUGUCUUUCAUUGCCAUGUUCGUCAUGUAUCUGCUCGCUGCUCUGUUUGGAUACCUGACCUUCUAUGACACGGUCGAGCCUGAACUUUUACACACGUAUGCGAAGUUGCACAAAUUGGAUGUGGUGCUGCUGAUUGUACGUCUGGCUGUUCUGACUGCUGUCACUCUCACUGUCCCCGUCGUCCUCUUUCCUAUGCGCACCUCGUUUAAUCAAUUGUUAGGCGGCACUAACAACUUCAACUGGAUCCGCCAUAUCAGCAUCCCGGUGCUCUUGUUGAUUGCAGCCAACGUGCUUGUCAUCUUUGUACCAAGCAUUAGGGAUAUCUUUGGAUUCAUUGGUGCUUCUGCUGCUGCUAUGCUGAUCUUCAUCCUGCCAUCUGCCUUCUACAUCAAGCUGGUGAAGAAGGAGCCCUUGAAAUCUGUGCAGAAGAUAGGGGCAAUCCUGUUUCUGUGCGGCGGCAUCAUUGUCAUGAUUGGUAGCCUGACUUUGAUCAUCCUGGACUGGGUCAACAGUGCGGCUGCCCCGUAGAGUUAAGGAGCUGGUCACUAAGAUGCAGCGUGAAUGGCAUGUAGGCUGGACAUGUAGCUGCUUUAAUCUUUAUUUUUGUUGCCAUGAUAAGUUUUUAUAUUGAUUUCCGCUGGACAUUCAGAUUCUGAAACGUUACAGAAAUUGUCAAUGCAAAUGCAAAUUGAGAGACUGGUCUCAGUGCACAGUACGCAGUAUUUAGCUUCUGAAACUCGCAACCAAAACCUGGGCUCUAUGUCGCAACUCA